AUGGGGCACACAGGGCGCCAGUUCCGAGCUCUGCUCUGGAAGAAUUGGCUCUGCCGUCUGCGGCACCCGGUUCUUUCUCUGGCUGAAUUUCUCUGGCCAUGUAUCCUGUUCAUGAUUCUGACAGUCCUUCGUUUUCAAGAACCUCCCAGACAUAGAGACACUUGUUACUUGCAAGCCCGGGACUUGCCAAGCCGGGGUGUUUUACCCUUUGUUCAAGGCCUUCUUUGCAACACCGGAUCACAAUGCAGGAAUAUAAGCUACAUACAGUCUGCUGAGCACCUUUUUCGUUUAGGUAAGUUACAACCUGCAGCUGACCACAACUUAAAGAAUAUUAGCAACCUGGCCUUUUUAAGAGAGAUACAGGACUUUGCUGAGGAAGUUUAUGAAACAAUGAAAAAGGCGGAACACUUACAAAAACUUUGGAUAAAAAGAUCCAAGGUUCCAGAUUCUUCAUAUGGGUCCAGUUUUUUAACAGUGGAUCUAAAUAAGACUGAAGAUAUGAUAUCAAAACUGGAAAGCCUCCACCAGCAGCCUCCAGUCUGGGAUUUUCUACUCUUAUUGCCACAACUAUAUGCAAAAAAUAUUCACAUUGAAGACCACAUACAUGCUGUAGUACUAUUUCUCCAGGCAGUUAGAAAUUCCUUAACAUCCCUAGAAGAUUUAGAUUGGCUGCCACUCAACCAUAUGUUCUCCAAUGUUUCUGUGUCUAUACUGAAUGUGACCAUUUCCACACUGACAUUUCUGCAGGAACAUGGGGUAACAGUCACUGAGUCAGGAUACAACCUAUCUUUGAAGGAUGUGGUGUGGAAUCCCCAGAUGGUCCAAUCUGAUCUGAAAUCUGUAUUUGGUUUUGAUGAACUUCACUCAGAACGAAUCCUGAAUUAUUCAGCUAAAUUAAAAGAGGUUCCCACGGAGAGGUCAUUAGAGUCGAUUGUGACCACCACAUUAGAGAAUGCAAGUGAUGGAGAAGGUCACCUUGGAGACUGUCAUCCCAAGUGGUCAGAAGCCAAAGACUAUCUUAUUCGUGUAGUCAGUUGGCUCAAAGUCUACAAACAGGUGCUUGUUCAGUGGCAAAAGGAAAAUCUGCUUGAGAAGAUACUCACAGGAAUUGGACAAAGCCUGCAGACAUUCAGGGAUCAGUUUCUAGUGGAGAGCAAACCAUGGAAGAUGGCAGAAGCUUUGCACUCUCUGCUGCUUCUCUUGAAUGAGAACUUGGCAGUAGAUGGCCCAACAGAUAGCCAUAAAUCUCUAAAGAUGGAUAUUUCAAAUACAUCAGAGGAAAGAUCAAUAAGGGAACUUGCAAGGACUGAAGUCCUCUUCCACCUGGAGACAUCAGCUAACUAUUCUAAACUGGAUGGAUAUGAUGAAUUGAAACUGGAAAUGGACUUGGUCUUUUGGGAAUUAAAGCAGAUAUUGAAGAGUAAUAAAACUGAUAUGUGCCUGAAUGGACACUUGUCUGAGGAGGAAGCCCUCUUGCUUCCUCAGAAUUCCAGAGUUUGGGAGAGCCUCAUAGGACUGCUGUGUCAACAGAACUCUUCCAAUGGGACUGAUAUUUUAAACAACCUAAUAGGUUCUUUAGAGGAUGCUGAUCAUAUUUUACAACAGGUCAUUAUUGGGAACACAAGUAUGCCAGUUUUGAUGACUGAAGAAUCUCUGGGCUGGCUAGAAGUCGAGGCACAGCUCUCAGAAAUGAGCCUUUCCUGUGCUCGGCUCUUCCAGCUGCUGGGAACUGAUGCCAUACCUGGGAAUGGGGUCACAUCUGCUGAUUGUAAGGACCAGCUUAUUUCCACAGUGAUAUUUCAUACACUUGAAAAAGCACAGUUGUCUCUGGAACAAACAGACUACUGGAAAGUCAUCUUAGAAUUUAUCUGGAAGACUUGUGAAGUGGUUCGAAAUAUGAACAUGCAAGAAAGUUUCCAUAGUAGCCAGUUCACUUUCUCUGAGGAAUCUCCUUGUUAUGAAGAAAACGUGGAUUGGAAAAUCAUCAGUGAUAAUUAUGUUUUAUUUCUGAAUAAUUUAUUCAAGUCACCAAUAUCUUCAAUAUCUAGGGUGUUAAAUUCCACAAAAGAUCUUCUAAUGAUAGAAAAAAAAUUACAUAACCUUGAAGAUGAACAAAUGAACUCUCUUUUAACAUUUGUGGAAUAUUUGGAGAAAUUGUUAUUGCCUAAUACUUUUUACUCAUCCCAUGUUCUCAAAUUCCAUAACUUUUCAUCUCUCACAGAGAAUCUUCUGAAUAUCAACCUUUUGUGGAUAAAUCAUUUAAAUAAUUUAGAGAAAAACUCAUCUACUAUUGAUAUUAAGAAACUUUUGGAAUUUGGCAAAGAAUUACAAACUCUUAAAAAUCACUGGAUAAAGAAGGAGUCAGAAAAUGUGUUUAGAUACAUGGAGUCAAUACUUUCCGAAAUUAAUUCCAACCUACUGGAGUUAUGGAUACAUGGCAUUUCAGAAAGAGAAAGAGUUAAAAUGGAAACAUUGUCUAUACUUUCAAAUUUUUCUGUUCCAAAUAACGAAAGGAUGCUUAGUAAAAGCUUUAAUUUUUCCCAGUUGUUCCAUUCAGAUUGGUCUAAAUCACCAGUGGUGAACUUAGACUUUGUGCAUUUAAAUGAAAUGAUAAUAAAUAGUCUCUAUGAAUUUGGACUUCUGAGUGAGGAAAAAGUUUCAGAAGCUUUGAACACAGUCUAUGUUGUAAGGAAUGCAUCUGAUCUUUUCUCAACCCUUUCCAAAUCUCAAAACCAAGAAGUUGACAAAAUUUUCACUCAUAUAUACCAAAAUUUCUUCAAGGACAAGGAUUCAGCUUUACUUCUGCAGAUUUAUUCUUCAUUUUACCAACACAUGGAUAAAUUCUUCUUGAGCAUUCCAAAUAGAAAGUCUUUGCUAACUUGCCUUACACAAAUAUCAAAACACAUUUUAGAUGUUAUAAAGCAAUUUAAUUUCCAAAACAUCAGCAAAGCAUUUGCAUUUUUAUCUGAUGCAACAGGCGUUCUUGAUAGAUUUUCUAAAGUAUCUUAUUGUCAGCAAUUACUAUCAAUUUUUCACUUUUUGGAGAAUCAAGCCCAGUCCCUGAAGUCAACAGAGGGCCAAGAUUUGGAAAUGAUCCAUUCUACUUUGACUGGUCUCAAACAACUGUUCAUAAUAGAUGAAGAUUUCCGUAUGUCUGUAUUUCAAUAUAUAAGCCAAUUCUUCAAUGGUUCAGUAGAAAGUCUGUUAAGUAUUGAAUGCUUUGCUUUGAAUAACAAGAGUGUUACUUCUCUAAAUUAUUCAGCAGUUGGAGGAUCUUCAUUUAUUCUUCCGUGGGCACAAAUUCUUUCAAACCUUUCAGCAAACAGCAGUACAUUCAAUGACUUUACAGCCAUUCCCUGCACCAUUUCAUGGCUUCAAAUGUGGACUGAAAUCUGGGGAAGCAUAUCUCAGAUAUUUAAGGUUGACAUGAAUAUUUUCACAUCUCUUCAUUUUGGUCUCAAUCAGCUUUUGGAUGAAUUGGAAAAUGUUGUGAAAAUUUCUAAAAACUGCCAGGGAAUAUUUUCUACCAAUCACCCUGCUAGACUGCUGUUAAAUUUGUUUAAAACUGCAACUCAAGCCAAUGGCAUCCAUGAUUGUAAUAAUUUCCUGGAUCUCAGUGAACUGUGGGUAGGGCUAAAUGAUGUAUUAGUUACAGUGAAAUCGCUUCACCCUGAAAAAGUAGAAAAGUCUCUUUUCACAAUAGAAAGUACCCUACGUCAGCUAGAGAUAUUUCCACUGAAUAUAAAUAGAAGCAGAGAGUUUAUAUAUUCUCUGCUUGAAGUUUUUAUUGAGUUAAUCAAUGCCUCAGAGUAUAUAGAUAGAAAUGUACAUUUGCCAAGAUGCUUUCUUUCAAAUAAUCUAACAAAUUAUGAAGGAAAGUUUCAAAGUGUCUUCACUCAGCUAAGAGAAACAAUAUUACUUUUAAGAAAUAUAUCAUAUGAACAAGAUUUGUUUUCCUGUGCUGAUAUUUUCCAGAAUGUUACUAAAUUUAUUUCUGAAGAAUUAUUAUAUGUUAAUACUUCACAAAGGAUAUUGCCUAUUCUGGCCUUAUUAAAUCCAACAUUUUCCUCUGAGAAUAUAACUCAUACACUGAAAGGAUGUAUUGCAUGGAUAGAUGUCAUAAAUCAUUUGUAUGUUAUGUAUAACUCUAGUAUUUCACAUGGCUAUCUUCAGGGUAUUUUGGGGAGUUUCAGAGACAUAGAAAACAGAAUGAGCACUGGAAUGAAACUUGUUACAUGGGUGAUAAAUAUGAAGAAAUCUCUUUGUUCAUGGAAUGAGUCAACUGUAAAUUGUGUGGAUAUUUACCUGAGAAAUGUAACUGACUUUCUAAAUAUUGCACUUAAUGCAGUCUUUGAACAAGAGAAGGUACCAAAAUUUAAGAUUUUAUUAACUCUUUUAAAUGAUCCCACAACUCAAAUAAGGAUGAUUAUUCACAACUUAACCCAAGACUUCCGUUUUGCAUCUCAAUCUAACUGGAAACAUUUUGCUGAAUUGAUUCUAAGACCCACAGAAUUGUCAGAUGAACUUCCUAAACAAUUCCAAAAUAUUUGGCUACCUUUAGUAGCUCUGGGGAACGAAAUUCAGAAAGUUGUAAAAGAUACUAACCGUAACACCCCGGAAAAUAAUCUUUCUUCUAAAAAUGAAAAGUUUUUGAGUGCAUUUGCCACCAGGCCAAAGGAAAAGGAUUUAAACAUUUUAGGAAACUCAGUUUAUCAUUUUGCUAGUUACCUUGCCUUCAACUUAUCACAUGAUCUUCAAAAUUCACCUACAAAAAUUCAACAUGAAAUCAUGGAAACUGUGGGUCUUGGUAUUCAACUGGUCAGGGAUGUGUUCAAUUCCUUAAUGCCUGCAGUUCCUCAUGAUAUUCUACAAAAUAUAGGUAAUAUUCCAGCUUUAAAGAAAGUAUCUUCUCUCAUGCACACUCUCAAGAAGACAGACAUAGAUCUGUUAGUAGAUCAACUGGAACAGAUCAGUGAAAACCUAAUGGAUUUCUUUAAGAAUAUCAGUAAAUUAGAUACUGGCAAUUUCGGGAUCAACUUGCUUGUUGGCUUGAUGGAAAAAUUUGUAGAGAGUUCACAUUCUUGGGAUGUUAGCCAUUUACUGAAGCUCUCACGUCUGUUUCCUAAAGAUGAUGUUAAUGCUGUGGUAGAUAUGUACUAUGUGCUUCCUCAUGCUAUGAGACUCCUAAAGAGGGUAGUUGACAAAAACAUCACAGAGGCCCUCAAGGAUGUUUAUAACUUCACGCUCCUUCAUGGCAUAGCUAUUUCAAGCAUUAGCAAGGAAGACUUUACUGUUGCAGUAAAAACUCUUUUGGACAUAAUUGAAUUAAUAUCUGAUAAACCAGAAAUUGUUUCAGAAGCUUUAACCUGUCUGCCUGAAGUUUGGUGCUGGAAUCAUACAACAUCUGAAUUUCAUGAGAAUCCAAAUGUAGAAGCCUGUAAUACUGAUAAGUUCAUUUUUUCUUCCUUUUAUAGAAAAGUUGCUGGUCUACUUGAUCUCUUCCACCUUUCUCUCCUGGAUGAAAGUAUACAAUGCUCAAAUAUAAGUUCAAGGAUAGAGUUAACUAGAAAAGUGGUCUGUGCAAUUCAUGGAUUAUUGGACUGGAAUUUUAUCUUCUUAGAAAUGUCUGAAGUUUUCCACAUCAAAACUUCUUUUGUGAAAACUAUACAAGAACUUUUGCAUAAGUUGUUACCAUAUGUAUUAUCUUCUGGAAAUCAAAUUAAUGAUAGCAUCUCUGAACUUUGUACUGACAGCUACAUGAAGCAGGUUGCUUUGCAAAUUAUUAAAAUAUUUAAAAAUGUUAAUUUUACAAAAGUUACGUCAAGUGAAAAUUUUUUUGAUAGACUAGCUAGUUUAAACAAGAUUCUUAACAUAAAUGAAGGUGCAAGGGUGUCUGUUCCAAAUAAUAAUUCUUUACAUUUGGAAAGAAUGGUAAAAUCAAUUUCUGGUGGUCUGAGUCCAGAAAAUAGUUCUAAUUCACUGGUCUUUCCAUUCAUCAUGCUUCUGAAUGCAAAUCUAACAGGGAGUAGUUUAGAAACAUUAUCAAGUCUUAUUAAAAAAAGUGAAGCACACUACAAUUUUGAAGAACUAUGGUUUGAGUUUGAACAAACUAUGAAAGACCUAAGGCAUAACUUUAGUAUAAGUCACCUGAUCUCUGAAAUUAACCAUGAAAUUAAAAUGAUAAAUUCAAUGGCUUUUCAAAACACAACUUUGCAAAUUUCCCAGUUUUUGGAAAGGCUAGAUUCAUCAUUGCAAACAUUAGAAAUUAUUAAAUAUUUUCUAAUGAACAUAAGCAACUGGCUCCAUAAAUAUGCAAAUGAAAAUUAUCACAGAAUGAUACAAACAUUAUUUCCUCUAAUGACCAGUGAGCAUUCAACUGAUGAUAUAGCUUUGCUCUCAAAAGAUAUUACUACCAUUUUGGGCUACUUCAAAAACUUUUCUAAAGAAGGUAAUUUUGAUGCUGUCCUUCGUCAUCUACUAAACCAACAACACCUAAGUAAUUUCUCCAUCAUUCAGUUGCUUUUGGAAAGCAUCAUCAUCAAUUCAAUCAAUAACUUAGCUGGGGGCUCUCAAGAAGCAGCCCCAAAUUUAAGUAAUGCUGACCUUCAAAUAAUGGAUUCCAUUAACUUCACCUUUAACCGUACACAUUCAGAAAAUAAUGAGAAAAUUAUUUUCCUUACAAGAAGCAUAAUAGAUUUCAUGGAACAACUUAUGAAAAUAUUCUUCUCCUUUUCACCAAAAGAGAAUUCUAGGAACAAAAUAUCUCUUCUCCUAAAAGACUUCAACAAAGAUGUCAUUGCGGAAAUGAAUUUUUUUCCAAAAGAUAAAGUUUUAAAAGUUCUGAAAUCAGAUCAACUUCUUACCUAAGUGAAAGACGACAAACUGAUGAACAGGUUUUCAAGGUUAAAGGAAAUCAUCUAUCAUCUAAUCAAAAGCUAAUUUAUAUUAGCCAAUGAAGAAUUUUAUUUUGAUAAUUAUCAAGGACUGAUGUUUAUGCAAGAUAUACUUAAUGCUCUUUUAAGUGAAACCUCCAAGAAAAAUAAGAAUGAGAAUAAUUUGGAUACUGUGGUGAGUCAGUUGCUUUUUCAUAUGAAUAGUUCGGAAGACCUCUUGAAACUCAAUCAAAGUGUUAGAUGAGUUCUUCAACUUGUGAGAAAACCUUCAAUGGAAACAGCAAGUAUUAUGGGUACUCUUUUAAACUUUCCUAAUAAGAACUUCAGUACCUUGUUCCACAAUCCAAGAAGUUAUACUAAUUAAACUGAUUUGCUUUCCUUUAUAAAUAAUUCAUUUCCUCUAUAAAAUAGAGCAGCAAUAGAAAUUACCAAGAGAAUACUUGGAGUUAUCUCCAGAGCUGAUGGGGAAAGUCAUGUCCCAGAAACCCUCUUAGAAUUGUCUGUAACUCUGAUCAUGGUGAUCCUAGCUCCCAUGCUGAUCCUAGACACUGCUAAACUGGGAGAUCUUCCUACAUUAGUGGACUCCAUUGUGAAACUUCCUAAGCUGGCCAAGAAAGUUUCCAAGAAGAUGGUGACUAUUUUUGAAACUCAUUUCAUGUCUGUUACCAUUGACACUUUCCAAUUCUUUGACACUCUCUAUUCUAUUUUGCAACAAAAUAUUAAAAAUGCUUUGAAUGAAGUACUUACUUUGAAAAAGGCAGAUCAUUUAACGUAUGAAGAGAUAAAAGACUUGUUGAAACCAUUUCUUGACUUAACCUUUGGGAUAAUUAGGAUCAAACCUAAUAUUUCUGAAGACUCUGAUCUUUUCAAUAUGUCUUCAAGUAUACUAUCAUUUGUGAACAAAUUCAAGGAUUUUUCUGAUAUUUUGGAAGAAGUUGAUAAAUUUUUAACUUCUGUGAGUAUCUAUUUGGGAGAUCUGGAGCAUCUUAGCUCCCUGUUUAAUAAUGGGACUCAAUUAUUUUCUAUGGAUUCUCAUAAUUUAUGGGAAGAAAUUCUGGACUGUUUAGUUCCAAUAAAUGACAUCCCCAAUCAAAUGGACAUAUUACACCCAAAUCCAAUUUCCACUCAUAGUUUUCCUGAAGAUACAAAAUGGGAAAUACAUGAAGAUCCUUUUUUGGAUGAAAGGCUAUCACACAGUACAGAAAUAGGGAUUUAUUUGAAUAUGGUGAUUGAGCUCAGCUUAAGAGUUCUUUGGGAUGAGUUAAAGGAAGAUGACUGGAACAUAUUUAAUUUAUUGUUGACAUUUGCUCAGCAUCCACAUAACUUGUUGGAUAUAACAGCAAUAAUUGUAGAGAAUUUGAGGGAAAUUAAAAGUAACCAUGGAGAUGCUUUGAGUAGUUUAUUUUUCAACACUUCUUUGAAUCAGAAUCACCAACAACUUGAUAAAACAAUCCAAAUUGUGUUAAGUCGAAUAGAUCUCUUGAGAAAAUUGCUUCUCCUAAACACCUCUCAGUGGAUGCAUUCCACAAAAACUUUGCUUCCACCAGUUUUAGAGUAUAUUAAUACAACUACAGGAAAGGAUGUCUUGUUAGAAAAAGAAGAGAAGACCAAGACAGCAAUGAUUGGUUCUCCUUACAUGUUCAAGCCAUUAUCAUGUUUCAAAAAAAUGAUGAAGAGAAUAUUUGUAUUGACUGAAUUCCAGCAAAAGGAAGUCCCAUUGACAGAUCAAAGUACUGUAGAAAUGUGUCAAGUUUUCCAGCAGCCUGCACAAACCUCCAGUGUCAUUAUGACUCUGCAGAAAGUGAAGAUACUGGUUGUGCACAUAUUUAUCUUCUUUGCAGAAAACCCUUCCUUGAUUAAGGAUGUUUUGUGUGCAGCUCUGAGUUGCAAACAAAAUGGGAUAAGUCCUCUUAUUUUAUCUGUUAUGAAAGUGCUUGCUUUGGUGAAUAACUACUCACAGGAAAUUGAACAGAUAUGGUCCUCACCUACUCAACUAAAUUGUGAAAGUCUUAGCAAGAAUCUUUCUAGAUCCUUGGAAAGCUUCAAGAACAACUUGGAAGAUGCUACUGAGGAGGACUGUGAAUGCCAACCAGUGCUAGAAACCAUCCAGCAGCACAUGCACAUGUUGGCUGAAAGCUUCAGGGAGACUUUGUCAUCAGGGAAUCCCAUUUUGACUUUUCUUAGCAAUUUCACAGUAACUGAUGGUGUAAAAGUUAAAGAUUUGAUUAAAAACAUUACCAACUUAACGGAAGAGCUUCAAUCUUCUAUCCACCUUUCAGAUGAAACAAUCAAUAGUAUUUUAGAAGCAAAUAUUUCCCAUUCAAAGGUUCUCUCUAGUGGUCUUAUGGUUGCUUUGUCUGGAAGAUGUGAUCAAGAGAUCCUUCGUCUCCUGCUGCCAUUCCAUGAAGAUGAAACAUUUCAUUUUGCAGUGAAGGAACUGUGUGCCCUGCCAGCAUCAGAAGUGUAUUCGCUGAUUGUGUUGAUGAGUCGAAACUUGAACCUGCGGAAUUUCAUCUACAAAACUCUGAUACCUUCUGAAGAAAAUAACUUGCUUGACUCUCUGUUGGAUGUGGUUUCCAGCCUCAACUCCCUCUUUGUCAAAUCCCAGCAUGUCCUUGAAUACCUUCCUGAAUUUCUUCAAGCAUUUAAAAUUACAACACUGCUAGAUAUGCCUACCUUUCAACAGGUUUCACAAAAUGGCCAGUCCAGAAGUUCAACCUUUGGUUCUUUUCAGUCUGUGAUGAAGAUGGUGUGCAAAGAGCAAUCAUCUUUCCUUAGCAACUCUAACACAUUUAUUAAUUUGCCCAGAGUUAAUGAUCUCUUGGAAGGUGACAAGGAAAAAUUCAACAUUCCUGAAGAUUCAACACCAUUUUGCUUGAAGCUUUAUCAGGACAUUCUCCAGGUUCCAAAUGGUGCUAUAGUGUGGACCUUCCUGAAACCCAUAUUACAUGGAAAAAUAUUGUACACACCAAACACUCCUGAGAUCAAUAAAGUCAUUGAAAAGGCUAAUUAUACAUUUUAUUUUGUGGACAAGAUAAAGACUCUAUCAAAAAUACUACUGAACAUAUCCAACCUUUUUCAGAGAAGUGGAAAUGGUCAGAUGCUUAACCAAUUCCAGGAAGCCCUGACAAACAAAUUUAUAAGACAUUUUAUAGAAAGCCAGUUGCACAUUGAUGUGAACAAACUUACUGAAAAGCUUCGGAUGUACGGGGGAGUGAUGGACAGGAUAUUUAACCACACAGGGGCUGCACACCUGCAGUUCCUGAGCCACAUCUUGGUAAAUCUCUCCUCCUGUGUGGUAUUGAACCGCUUCCAAGUUCACGAAUCUGUUGACCUCCUGGAGACUAAAGCACAUGAACUCAUGCAGAGGAAUGAUUUCUUGGCGAGUAUUAUAUUCAACAAUACCUUCAUCAAUAAGAACUUCCCGUCAGAGAAUCUCAAACUGCCACCCCUUGUUACAUAUACAAUUCGGACCAGUAUCUUAUAUAGCAUGAGAACAGAUUUGGUUAAAAACCCCUUUUGGAAGUUCCAUCCACAAAGUCUUCCAGCUGAUGGGUUCAAAUAUAACUAUAUCUUUGUCCCAUUGCAAGACAUGAUCGAAAGGGCCAUCAUCUCAGUGCAGACAGGCCAGGAUGCUCUGGAACCAACAAUACUGGCGCAGGCAAUCCCGUAUCCCUGCCAUACCAGUGACUUAUUUUUGAACAACAUUGGCUUCUUUUUCCCACUGAUAAUGAUGCUGACCUGGAUGAUGUCUGUGUCAAGUAUGGCUCGAAAGCUGGUUUAUGAGCGAGAGAUCCAGAUUGAAGAGUACAUGAAGAUGAUGGGAGUGCAUCCAGUGACCAGCUUCCUGGCCUGGUUCCUGGAGAACAUGGCCAUGAUGACCCUCAGCAGUGCUGCUCUGGCAAUUAUUCUGAAAACAAGUGGCAUCUUUGUGUACAGCAAUGCCUUGAUUAUUUUUCUCUUUCUCCUGGAUUUUGGGGUGUCAGUCGUCAUGCUGAGUUACUUCCUGAGUAUAUUUUUCAGGCAAGCAAACAUAGCUGCCCUUUGCACCAGCCUGGCAUAUAUGAUCAGCUUUCUGCCCUAUAUUGUCCUACUGGUCCUACAUAACCAACUAAGUUUUGUCAUUCAGACAUUACUGUGCUUCCUCUCAACAACCGCCUUUGGGCAAGGAGUAUUUUUCAUUACUUACCUAGAAGGGCAAGAGGCAGGGAUUCAGUGGAAUAAUAUAUACCAGUCCCUGGAACAAGGGAAAAUGACAUUUGGCUGGGUUUGCUGGAUGAUUCUGUUUGAUUCAAUCCUUUAUUUUUUAUGUGGAUGGUACUUCAGCAACUUGAUUUCUGGAACAUUUGGUUUAAGGAAACCAUGGUAUUUUCCCUUUACUGUAUCAUAUUGGAAGAAUCUAUGUGGCUUUGUGGAGAAAAAGUGCUAUAUAAAUUCUAAUCUAUUCUUCUCCAAUGAGAACUUUGGCAGCAAAGGGUCAUCUCCGCAACGCAAGGAAGGACACCUUAAAGGAGGCUCCACUGGAGUAACGCUGGUGUCUGUGACCAAGGAAUAUGACCCCAACAAAGCAGUCAUCAAAGACCUCACUGUCACCUUUCACAGAGACCAAAUCACUGCUCUGCUGGGCACGAAUGGCGCAGGAAAGACCACAAUUAUAUCAAUGUUGACAGGACUUUAUCCUCCCACUUCUGGAGCCAUCAUCAUCAAUGGCAAGAACCUGCAGAGAGAUUUGGCCACAGUCAGAAUGGAGCUGGGUGUGUGUCCUCAGCAUGAUGUACUUUUUGACAAUCUCACUGUUCUGGAACAUCUGCUGCUCUUUGCUUCCAUAAAGGCACCACAGUGGACAAAGAAGGAGUUACACCAGCAAGUCAAUAAAACUCUUCAAGCUGUGGAGUUAAUGGAGCAUCAGAACAAGCAAACCCAAGCCCUCUCUGGAGGCUUGAAGAGGAAGCUUUCCAUUGGCAUUGCUUUCAGUGGUACAUCCCAGACUGUGGUUCUGGAUGAGCCCACCAGUGGGGUGGACCCUUGCUCCCGUCGCAGCAUCUGGGAUAUUCUCCUCAGGUACCGAGAAGGUCACACAAUCAUUUUUACAACUCACCACUUGGAUGAAGCAGAAGUGCUCGGUGAUCGUAUUGCCAUCCUUCAGCAGGGGCAGCUCAGGUGCUGUGGCCCUGCCUUCUGCCUGAAGGAGGCUUAUGGCCAGGGGCUCAACCUGAUGCUCACAAGGCAGCCCUCUGUUCUGGAGAUUGAUGAUCUGAAAGACUUAGCUCGUGUUACAUCUUUGAUACAGAUCUAUAUUCCCCAAGCAUUUCUCAAAGCUUGCAGUCGGAGUGAGCUGGCGUAUGCUCUUCCAAAGGAUGCAGACAAGGACAGCUUUAAAGGGCUCUUUCAGGCUCUGGACCAGAACCUACAUCAUCUUCAUCUUACAGGCUAUGGGGUUUCAGACACUACACUAGAAGAGGUAUUUUUGAUGCUUUUGCAAGAUUCCAAAAAGAAAUCCCAGUGUGCCUCGGGAGCCAUGUUAGAGCCACAGCACCACGAGACUCUGAGACAGCUGCCUGACUACUGUAAUUAAUUGGCAAGGGUCCUGCCCAUAAAGGGUGGUCAGCUGCUACGCUCACAGAUGGCUGCCCUCUUGAUGAAGAGGCUUCGCCAUACUUUCCGGGCCUGGAAAGGCACACUCUUGGAUCUGCUUCUGCCUAUCCUCUUUGUGGCCUUGGCUAUGGGCUUAUUUAUGGUGAGGCCUUUGGCCAUCAACUACCCUCCCCUCAAACUGGCACCUGGCCAUUAUGAAAGGACAGAAACUUAUUUUUUCAGUAGCAAGAGUGAUGACAUGGCCCUGGUCCACAUGCUUUUAAGGAAAUUCAGAGAUCAGGAUCUACUCUGUGCCAAGUUCAACUCAGACCUGAAGAAUUCUUCAUGCUGGCAUACUGAUCCCUUUUCUCACCCAGAACUCCAGGAUUCAUGUGGCUGCCGGAAAUGUCCAAAUGGAAGCUCCGGCCCACCCUACUUGAAGAACAGCCUGGGCCACACUCUGCUGAACCUUUCUGCCUUCAAUGUGGAGGAGUACUUGCUGGUAGCUUCAGAAAAACCCAGGCUUGGAGGUUGGUCUUUUGGAGUGCAAAUCCCUGAACAAGUUGGAGAAGCCAAUUCAAAUAUAUCAAAACCAAAAACUCUGGCAAAGGUCUGGUAUAAUCAGAAGGGUUUUCAUUCUCUACCUUCGUACUUAAAUCAUCUAAACAACCUUAUUUUGUGGCAACACUUACCCCCUUCUGCGGACUGGAGACAAUACGGAAUAACACUGUAUAGUCAUCCAUAUGGAGGAGCUUUGCUGAAUGAGGACAAGAUCCUGGAGAGCAUCCGUCAGUGUGGUGUUGCCCUCUGCAUCGUGUUGGGCUUCUCCAUCUUGACUGCAUCGAUUGGAAGCUCUGUGGUGAAAGAGAGGGUAACUGGAGCCAAAAGGUUGCAGCACAUCAGUGGCCUUAGCUACAGGAUGUACUGGUUCACUAACUUCCUAUAUGACAUGCUCUUUUACUUGAUUUCGGUCUGCCUGUGUGUUGCCGUUAUUGUUGCCUUCCAGUUACCAGCUUUUACUUUCCGGGAGAACUUGGCAGCCACAACCCUCCUGCUGGCACUUUUUGGAUAUGCAACCCUUCCAUGGAUGUAUCUGAUGUCCAGAAUCUUCUCAAGUUCAGAUGUAGCUUUCAUCUCCUUCAUCUCUUUAAAUUUCAUCUGUGGUCUUUGCACCAUGCUGAUGACCACCAUGCCUCGGCUUUUGAUCAUCAUCUCCAAAGCAAAGAAUUUACAGAACAUUUAUGAUGUCCUCAAGUGGGUUUUUACUAUCUUUCCUCAAUUCUGCCUUGGUCAAGGACUGAUAGAACUCUGUUAUAAUCAGAUCAAAUAUGACCUCACUCACAACUUCGGCAUUGAUUCCUAUGUGAGUCCCUUUGAGAUGAACUUCCUGGGUUGGAUCUUCGUGGAGUUGGCCUUCCAGGGCACUAUUCUUCUCCUUCUGAGACUUCUGUUGCACUGGGAUCUUCUGAGGCAGUCCAGGGGUCACUCUGCCCUCAGAGGCACAAUCAAAACUUCUAAAGAUAUAGAUGUUGAAAAAGAGCAAAUAAGGGUGUUUGAAGGAAGAACCAGUGAAGACAUUCUUGUGUUAUAUAACCUUAGUAAGAGUUAUUGGAGCUUAUUCAAGAGGACUACCGCUGUGGAAGAUAUUACUUUGGGCAUAAGAAGAGGAGAGUGCUUUGGGCUUCUAGGAGUGAAUGGAGCUGGGAAAAGCACCACAUUCAAAAUGCUGAAUGGUGACAUUGCUCCAACAUCAGGACAUGCUGUUAUCAGGACUCCCAUGGGAGAUGAAGUGGCUCUCUCCUCAGCCAAUGAAGCAGGUAUUCUCAUUGGCUACUGUCCACAGCAGGAUGCCCUUGAUGAACUUCUCACUGGUAGGGAACAUCUCCAUUAUUACUGCAGCCUGCGUGGGAUUCCAAAGCAACAAAUACCUGAGGUUGCUGGAGACCUUGUGAGGCGCUUGCACCUGGAAGCCCAUGUGGACAAACCUGUUGGCACCUAUAGUGGGGGGACCAAGAGGAAACUCUCUACAGCCCUGGCUUUGGUGGGAAAACCUGAAAUUCUUUUAUUGGAUGAGCCCAGCUCUGGGAUGGAUCCCUGCUCUAAGCGAUAUCUGUGGGAAGCCAUAACGAAGGAGGUUCAGGAAGGUUGUGCUGCAGUGCUAACCUCUCACAGCAUGGAGGAGUGUGAGGCCCUCUGCACAAGACUUGCUAUAAUGGUCAAUGGCAGCUUCAAGUGUCUUGGCUCCCCUCAGCACAUUAAAAAUAAGUUUGGUGAUGGUUAUACAGUGAAGAUUUGGCUCUGUAAGAGAGAAGAUCAACAUCACACUAUUUUUGACUGCUUGAAGCUCCAUUUCCCAGGAAUCCAGUUUAAGGGACAACGCCUUAAUUUAUUGGAAUAUCAUGUACCAAAAAGAUGGGGAUGUUUAGCUGACUUGUUCAAAGUUUUAGAGAAUAAUAAGAACUUCUUGAAUAUCAAACACUACUCCAUUAACCAAACCACAUUGGAACAGGUAUUUAUUAAUUUUGCUACCGAGCAACAGCAAAUUCCACAAUCUACUCAAGAAUCAUCUACUGACUGUUACCAACCUCAGCAUCUGCCUGUCUAA